GCUUCAGCUGCUAACUCUGAAGCCCUUCCACCACCCUCGCUUGGCUUCCCCAGUGAGGAAACACCACACAAAAACAUACAGCCUUCGGCGACGGCCCCAGCUUCAACGGCAACAGCACUCUGGUAGCGCUGCAACCCUCCCAGCCUACCCCGAGGCCCGCCCGCAGAGCCUCUCUGCCGAGUUUCCACACAGGGAAAGGCCGCAGAGAGCGGGUUGGGAGCUCAAGGAGCGCUCACCGCCCAAGCCAGCCCUAGGCGCGAGCUCGUGCGCUGAACAACCACCCCAGCACCCGCUACUCCGCCUCCGCGCAUGCGCACGGAGCCAGCGCGACGAACCGCGUCGCGUUGACUUCCGGAGGGAAGUACCUAGGCCUUAUGUGCCGACAGAGGAGGAAAGAAGACUCCUCAAGGAAUGUGCUGAAGAGAGUGCCCGGUACAGAGCUUUUCCUUUGGCUGCAGUGAGCAUGCUUGCUACUAGUUUCUUAAUUAAGAGAGAUAACUCAAGAUUUGGCUCUUUUACAAAAGUUGCAUUUGCUGGAAUGUGUGGCUACCUGGCUGGAAAGAUCUCCUACUUGCCAAUCUGUAGUGACAAAUUCAAGAAACUGAAGGAUUCCCCAAUAGGAGAUGUUCUACGACAAGCUCAGAGACAUAGUUCACAUAAUCGUUCCAGUCGGAAAUCUGAAUUUUCUGACAUGCCUUCUCAGUCAUUUACUGAAUCUUCUUCUCCAAGAGCUGGAUUCCCACUUCCUUCUAGCUAUUCAGAUGAUUAUAACUCAACAGACAGAGCCCUCUCAAGUUAUGAACCCGUCCCAUUCAGUGCUUCCCUGAAUGAAUCUUCACCUACAGGAAUUACCGAUUACACUAUUCAAGAUCCUGCUCCAGUUCCAGAAGAAAGUCGUAAAAAAAAAGGCAUCACAUAUGAGGAAUUAAGGAAUAAACACAGAGAGACUUACGAGGUAAUGCUACCACCAAAGGCAGAAGCUCCAGGCAAAUUUUCACAGGAAAAGCCAACUAAGGAAGUUAAAGUAAAUAAAUAUGGAGAUACCUGGGAUGAGUAAGAGCCGAAUGAAGAACUGAAGAAUAUUACCUCCUAUCAACUAACUUGAACCUCAUCUAGAUUAGUCAUGAGUGUCGGCACUUUGGUGUGUUCUGCCAUGCACAGCUAUUAUUAAAUGAUGAGAAAAUUCCGACCUGCCAGAAGAUUUAAAAGGAAAAGUAUUUAGGCUUAUUUUUUUUUUAAUUUUGCAUAAAUGGCAAGUGAGGCUAUCAUGAGAUGUCACGACUAUAAACCAUUUGUGCUAUUGGUAAUGAAUGAAAUGAGUAACUGGCAAUAACUAAUAUAAAUGCAUAGCAAAAGGCAAAAAUAUAUGUAAAUAAAUACAAUCAUAUGUAUCGGGAAGGGAAAAAUACCGGAAUCUUCUCAAAUUUUCAAGACUUGCAUUAAAAGUUACCUGUAGAACUC